UGUGAUUCCUUUGCACUUCUGGCAUCGCGUGGAAUCGUUUGCUAUUGUAAGUAGGCCCGAGAACACGAGUAUGAUAACGGUUAUUAUUAUCGUCGAACAAUAAGGCACAGCUCGGUUCCAGAGUCGUUCGCCGUGCUGCUUCUCAUUCCUGUAACGACAAUCUCUCCGUACUUGGCAGGCCAAUGAGCUUAUACGCGCGUAUCGGUUGUCCGUCGGUUUUCCUCGACACAAUUACACUCACAGUCGGAUCGCCCCAAACAAAGUGUCCCUGCGAAAUCUCCCCUCGGGCUUAUAGAGCACAAUUUGACAAAUAAUAGCGAAAAAGCCUUGCCCGGGCCUCUCACGCGUCAGUCGGUGUAUGAGUGUACGAGCGUAUUUGAUUGGCGAAAGAGCAUUAAGCGGCUAGGUCUCGCAAAAAUCUGCACCAAACAAGGGAUCUAAAUUUAGCAUUUUCAGUUCGGUUUUCUCGUCCACGACCAUUACGCGUAAUCAGUUCUAGUGCAUAUAGUUUAAUCAUGGAAUCGUUGAGUGCCGAAACGCGCAGUGAAAUCUACGAGAAGCUGUGGACCAGAAUGCCCCGCUUGAAUCCGGGCCCAAUGUCCAGUUUCCGAAUCGACGAUUUUAUCAACCUCAUCAAGGGCCUGCCGAUAAUCUACAAUCGGUUGGAUAAGCACAACAAACAGGAGUACGUCGAUACAUGGGAUCAGUUGGAAGCCAUACUGAAAACGCCCAGAAAAUUCCUCAUGAUGAAAUGGAAGGGCCUGCGAGAUAACUUUCGAGUUGAAUUAAAAAAGGAGUACUUCUCUCCUCCGGAAAACCGCUACAUCUCCAAGUGGGUGCACUACAAAAAACUGAGCUUCCUCCGCGAGCAAGUAUUGGCCACACUGGAUCAAAAGCUGGAAAGCGAUAGCCAUGACGAGUUGAAUCAAAUAAUGCAGUUUGUGCAGAAUGCUACCCAUGACGUACCUCCAACGGCCGAGUCUCGUUCUAACGAGCACUCGUAUGCCAACGGUGAAAUCGAUCCUCGGGAGUUCAAAAAGAUCAAGGAAGAGCGUGUGGACUCCCGAGAUGGUGAAACAUCAGAUGACGGGGAAUUCUACUUCAGUCAUUUCCAAGAACCGGACCAUGACACUCGUCGGCAAAACCAUCUGCCGGAAAUUACAAUCACACCAAAACUCACUCCCACACCCCCGAUGAAUCUCCAGCAACGUAAACGCCUAUCCGAAAGCUCGACGGAAUCUCCCGCUCCACCAGCGAAAGUGCCAGCCAAAUCCUCGGUCGGGAUACCCCAUGACGAUGACUACCACUUCCUGAUGAGCAUCCAUCCCUACCUGAAGCAGCUUCCGCUGCCGGUCAAACUCAAAGUUCGUUUGCAAAUGCAGCAGGUUUUGUUCAACGAACUGAUGAGGCAACCACCAAUCGUUGACGAAGAAGAUUAGGCGGAAGUUUACACCACCCGCGAUGCUGAAGUUGACAGUUAUAGUCAACAGUAAUAGUUGUUAAGAUGUGCCAUAUUCGGGUCGAACCGAGAGCCAACGAUCGAUGAUCUCUUUCUAUUUCGCGCUUUCGCGUGCGAAAGUCAUUUGAAUUAUAAUUGGAUUUAACUAAAGGUAAGACGUACGUACAAAUAUAAAUAGAUCCCCCACGAUUGGGAAUCAGUUAGA